AUGGGGUUUUAUUCCUUCCAAGCCCACAACUGCCAGCCGACGAACCUCACCAACCAAUGCGAGGAGCUGAACUGUUCGAAUGAAUCCCGGUACGACUUGAAUCAUGCGUUAGAGAGCCCCAAUGGCGACGUGAUCACCUGCUCUCACUGUGGUGUCGACCUGUCCGAUAGCCCUAACGCCCCCUUCUUGAGCAACACAGAGCGAAGCUUAUGUCUGAACAACGAGAUGCACAUCAUAUGGCGCUGUCAAGACUGCCAUGCCGUGAACACUAUUGAAGGGGAUAUUUGUCAAAGUUGUGGUAUGCCACGUCUAUGGUGCUGUAAAUACUGCACCACACUGCACAACACCGCGCGCUCAUGCGAAGGUCUUCGGUACUGCUUGACUUGUGAAAACUACAACACCCCUGAGGAUAUCUUCUUAGGCCAGGCCACGAUUGACGAAGAGCAAGCGAUGGCGAAGCGGGUAGAAACGGAAUAUCAGGUGGGUGAGGAUACUAAAAUAACGGGUAGUGUGGUCUUCGGCGUAAAUGACUCCGUGACCAUGCUAGAGCUUCAACGACAACAAGAAAUCGAAAUGAAUACAUAUCGCCUUGAAUGCCGCCUUAAGAAACUCGAACUCAAGUGUAGUGCGCAAAAGGACGAUGGGAACUGUCUAUUCGCCUCUCUGGCCCACCAACUGUUCGGUAAAGCCCAUCUUCACCACAUUAUCCGGUCUUGUAUUGUGGCAUACAUGAGAGAAAAUGAGUCAGACUACAAAGUGUUCUUUAAUGGUGAGAAUGAAUGGCAGCAAUAUGUUUCAGACAUGAGGAAAAGUGGAUUCUGGGGCGAUGAAAUCUGCAUCAACGCCGCUGCGAGGUGUUUUUGUGUGGAUAUCCAUGUUAUCACAAGCGACGCCACUCGCUGGCAUCUAGUCUUUCGACACAACCAGCUUGGAAGCUCCAAGUCCAAGCGGCACAAUAAAUCACCUGUGUAUAACACAAUGGACACAAUUGAGAUAAAAUCGUCGUCGUCAAGUCUCCAGAAAGACUCAAGCACCACGGAUAGCGCCGUAUGCCUCUUUUUGGUGUACAAAUCUCCCGUUCACUUUAAUGAUAUCGAACCCAGCGAGUCCAUCUGCAUCACACUUUCCGAUCUCUUGAUCCCAGAACUCUAUAGGUUGAUGCAAUUGGAGAAUAAAAAACGAAGUCCUAAGACACAACAGUUUAGAGUAGAUAACAUGCCCAGCACUCAUGCCGAGCAUGAAUGGCCAGGUACCAGGCAAGCGUGCAAAAAAUCAUGA